GAACCUAAGAACACACAACAUCAUUAUGAUUAGAUAAUAAACGGGAUAUAUGCACACAUUCGUAUAUAUAUAUAUAUUCAGUUUAAGAAAGAAGAACAAGAAAAAUAAUGUGACAAAUGUCUGAGAUUAUAAGACUACAAUGUCAACUGCAUCAUAUCAGUUAAAAAUGUGCAUUUGAAUACCAAAUUCCCUUAACUGAUUUAUAAACGGAAUUGCUUUGAGUUAUUUCAUGAAAAUAUAAUUCCAUUUCAAAUAAUGCAUUCACGAACACUUAACUCACUCCACUAUCAAUGAUGUAAUUCAAUAUAAUGUACAAACAGAAUACUGUCGUUUUUAAAAUCAAAGUUUAACCGGUUCUACGUGAAUUACUUGUAUAUUUACAGAUGCGGAAUGUAUUUUAUACAUAUGGAACCAUAUGGCUGUGUUUAGAAUUAUUAGCUUUAUCUAUUUAUUGUACAGAAUCUUUUAAAGACACUGAUGACACUGAAGAUGAGCCAGAAGUAUACACAUUGUCCGAUGAAAAGCGGUUAAUUAAACGUCUCCUGAAAAACUAUGAGGCAGCAGGGAUUACUGGUCGUCCAGUUAAGCACACAUCUGAAAAGGUAAUCGUAGAAAUGUCUCUCUCAUUAAUACAAAUACUGGAUUUGGACGAGAAAAAUCAAGUGCUUACCACAAGCGUAUGGCUGAAUUACCGUUGGACUGAUCACAUUCUCAAGUGGAAUCCUGAGAACUACUCAAAUAUCAAUGAAGUACGUGUACCAUAUAGGCAUAUAUGGACACCAGAUAUUGUGCUAUAUAAUUACGCUGAUGAGAGAUUGAAGGAAAUGCGUGAUGCAAUGAUUAUUGUUCAACAUACUGGUGAACUUUUUUGGAUGCCACCUGCCAUCUUCAAAUCCUCAUGUAAAAUUGAUAUAAAGUCAUUUCCAUUUGAUGAGCAAACAUGUCAUCUCAAGUUUGGUUCUUGGACAUAUGAUGGAAAUAAACUAGAUGUUAAUUUCAUUAAAAACGAAGCACAAGUUCUACUAAGUGAUUACACAGAAAGCAAUGAGUGGGAGAUAAUAGCUUGUCCAGCAUUAAGAAAUGUGAAGUCCUAUCCAUGCUGUCCAGAAUUCUAUCCUGAUUUGACAUUUUUUCUUUUUUUAAGAAGAAACGCUGCAUUCUUUUCCUACAUCUUGGUUCUACCCUGCGUUCUGCUGGCAUCAUUAACGCUUGUUAUAUUUUGGUUACCCCCAGAAUCUCCAGCUAAAAUGGUUCUUGGAAUGAAUAUAUUCGUGGCAUUCUUUUUGUUGCUAUUAUUAUUAGCCGACUCGACACCUCAAGCUUCAAACAGUGUGCCAUAUAUUGGAUACUAUUACUGUUUGAACAUGAUUUUAAUUACCUUAUCCUCCUUCUUGUCAGUGAUAGUAAUUAAUCUCUAUUUCCGUGGGGAUAGACGUAAUCGGGUCCCAUUAUGCUUGAGAAAGAUUUGUCACUUCUUAAAUGGUGUUUGUGACGGCAAAUGUAGUUGUACUGAUGGCAGCAAAGAUCCGACAACGAAUGUAAUCACUACUGUCUUUGAAACUAUAACUGCUAAUAAAAAUAAGACUGACUGUGAAUCCCAACUGAUACAAAUAAAAAAAUCAGCUUUAGUUAAUUCGGUCAGUGAUCCACAAGAUCCGUCAAAAUGCAUUGAAAGUACUGGUGGGAUGAGGCGUUCUAAAAAGGGUAGAACACGUUUUGCUACUGUAGAAGAAAACACUGGGUUAAAAACUUUUAUUGUAGAUAACUACAAUUAUGAUGCUGCUCCUGUUGAACAAAAGAGGUAUCGACCAAAUCAACGUCACUGUGAAACACAAACUGAAACAGUCAACUAUAGGGAAUUAGACGUUCAGCCAUCGCUAGCAACAUGUCAUCCUUAUUCUAAGCUGUCGAAAACAAGAAGUCGCUCACUUACGCCUUCCAAGUUUAAUGAUUGUGACGCUUUAGGAAAUAUGCAGCAUUCAAACGCAUGUUGUCAGCACCACUGUAGAGCGUGCGCGUCAAAAAUACCUUGUAAUGUCUGUGAUACUCUACCUUUAAUGACUACUUCUACAAAUCCAAGAUCUGUUCAUACAAGAGUGCAUAGUUCAAAACACGGAAAACAUCCUGAAGAUUGCGACGUAUGCAAGCAGCACCUUAAUGCACUGAUGUUUAAAACAAACCCCUAUGAUUACCUAUCAAUGAAUCGUCAUUCUAUGGCUAACACAAAUGUCACAUUAGAUACAAACUCAAUUUGUUCUCAUGUAAGAUAUGAAUAUAGGAAUGGCAGACCAGCACUGAUAUCUCCACGUGGGCGUAAUUAUACAGAUCAUAAUGAAUACACUUCCACUUAUUCAGGUGUGCAAUCAAAAUUACCUUCAAUAAUUAGAAGUACUCCCCAUUCAUCGAUCAGUGCUACUUCAACAAUUACAACGAUAAAUGCUGAUAGAACUCUACAACAGUUGCAACUAUCAUCAACCCUAAUAUUACUUAUGAAAAAUAUGGAGAAUGAAGUUGAGGAUAUUCGUUCCAUUGUCAAGUCAUUUCUGAGCAGAGUAGACAAAAAAGAUGCUGAGAAUGUUAUCAUCAAAGAAUGGCGUAUGAUAGCUAUCGUAAUGGACCGCAUAUUUUUUAUAUGUUAUUUAAUUAUACAUUUGUGUGCAGCAUUCGGUCUACUAAUACCUCGUUCGUCUGAAUAUGGUGUCGUGGAGUUCCUAAGAGAAUAUCGACUAAAAAAUUACAAUUCAAGCUUUAUGGAGAACGAAACAAUUAUAACAAAUAACUUUCAGACAACAACAGUAUUGCCUAAUACAGAUAAAGUUAUUGACAUAGCACAAAUUAAUCAACAAAUAAACCUUCCUGAUACUAAGACAUCAACUACUUUAGAUAUGACCGCAAGUGAAAAGACGAAAAUUCAAGAAUUUGGUUCUUCCGUUUCUGUCGGACGAAAAUCUACUUAUGAUUCAUCAGAUUCUUUGGACAGUAUGACAGGUUAUUUAUCGCCUUAUCAACGUUUAGUUGACCAACAGACAAGUCCUUUGCGCAUUUCAGAAAAUAUUGAUGGUGGAAACGUUAUUUAUCAAAAUUCUGAACGGUCACAAAAGUCGCCGAAUCGUUUUCAGAAGAGAAAUACUGAAGAAAGAAAGAGGCCUCCUGGAGAUCCUUAGCAAUAAAUACUAGGACAUAUCCAAUCAUAAAUAUACCCAUAAAUGUAUGUUUUCUCAGGAAGUCAGUUAUAAGGCAUUAUAUGAGAUUUCUGCUUCUAAUUAUUCAGCUGAAAUCUCUGCACGAAUGAUGCCUUUCUGUAUGCGUGUGGACAGAUGGUAAUAUGACUCAAUAUAUCACAAGCUUAUACCUGCUAUCCUACAGUUUAUAGACCAAAGAUAAAAACUGAAUAAUACUAUCACGUUCUUACACCCCUAAUUCCAUUGUAGGUGAAAUUUUCUAUUAUCAUAUAGUCUAAUGCUUUGUAUGCAUACUUCUAUUUGACUUGAAUUAAGCUCUACAAAAGAACAUCAUUUAGGUUGUGACAUAGAGGGUAUCUAUGGAUUUCACUAAUAUAUGAACUUCUUUCUUAGUGACAUGAUUUUGUAGAAGAGAAACUAUUGGUUGUGAAACAUUUCAAAAAUUAUCAUCCAAUUAUUUAUUCUUAAAAAAGAGGAAUACUGGGUUGUGAAAUUAAUUUUUAGUUUGUUAAAGUGAAAAUACUGGUUGUGCUCCAUCUAUUCAUUUUCUUUUUUUGUUGAAUCUAUUUACUAAUACUAUUCUUAUUAUCACUUCAGGUUUUAUUA